AUGCGAAAAACUAAGUUAAGGAAGGAAAAUCCCGCGAAAAGGAAAAUUAACGACGUGGCGGAGAAGAAGGGGACGGAAGUGAAGGGGACAGGUGAAACGCUUAGCAAGGUGGAGUCGACUAUGGAUUGGAAGAAGGAGUUAGUAUCAUUCCUUCGACAAAUGAGGGACGAAGGACGAGCAAUUGCUGAGGAAAUGAAGGCCAAGGGCAACGAAGGAACGGGAGAAGGUCAGAGGAAUCAAGGCGAAUUGGUGGCGGAGCAAAUUUUCCGAUCAAAAAUGGCAGCGACCGAAGACGGGGCCGACCUGAGGACCUUUCUCAGUUUAAUGGAGCAAGAGUUUCGAGAGAUGAAAAUUUCGGAGGACCAAUGGGGUUUAUUGGUGAGAAAGUACCUAAUUGGACGGGCUGUUAAGCAAUGGGAUUAUAUAUAUCGAUCCGGUAUAGAUAUGACGAAUUGGUCCCUAGUGCGCGAAAGGCUUUGUGAGAGGUUCCGCGUUCUACCACGGGAAAGUAUGAUAUCUAAAAUGAAGGAAAAUGUAUGGAAAGGGGACUAUAACGAGUAUACGAACGCGUUUACAGAUAUAGUGAUUACAGGAGAAGAGAUGCCCGAAGAAGAAUUGGCUAUAUUUUUCUUAGCGGGAUUGCCUGAGGACAUAGGAGAUAGGUUGACGAAGCGAGGGAAGAGGGAAUUCCCGACGUGGCACGAAGCAGCAAAGGCGUUAAGAGAGUACGUUGUUCCAAUGAAUGCGUGGCGAACCAAGAGAAAACGCGCUGUGCGGGAAAUGCAGAGUAUGGAAGGACUAAUGUGUCCGGCAGAAGGCAAUGCCAAGGCAGAGGGAGAGAAGAAUGCGGGAAAAGCGGAAGGCUCGAAUGGUAUAACGCGAAGGGUUACACCAUCGGUCAGAGUAGCGACAGACGGGGAACGGGACGUUAUACGCUGUUACGAGUGCACAGGAAGGGGACACUUGGGAAGGGACUGCCCUCUGCGUAACGGAGUAAUAAGAAGAAGAGGAGAGACUUGUUCUAAAUGCGGAGGUAAGGAUCAUUAUGCAAGAGACUGUGCGACUGCGAGACGAAUAACGGUAGGAGGCCAGAGAGUAAAUAUGGGAGCGAGUAUGGAGACGAGAGAGGGAGUCAAUCGGUCAAACGAGAAGGCCUAG